UCGGCAGAUAUAGAAAUAUUGGGAGUGAUUUAUUCGAACAAACGUCAUCAACCAGCAACCAGCUAUCAACAUGUCGCAGAAGAGGCGUCUCCGUCGGAAGCGUGAAGAAACCGUUUAUGAAUAUGAUUUUUCCUACGAGUUCAGGCGCUUUGCCGAAAGUCUCCAGAAGCCGCUUCGAACCUAUCGGAUGGAGUUCAAUCUCGGCCGUCCGGUGAGCAGCAGCAACAACGCUAAUGGCGACGGUUUCCAGGAAAUCACGGAAGACGUCUAUACCAGCACUUACUCGGCGACGCAAAUCACCAAAAUUACCAACAACAAGCUUAUCUACGACGCAAUGGAUUCUCCAUCAGCAGCAGCGGGCGUCAGCGGUGCGGUCUCAUCUCGGGAAGGCUCGCCGAAGAAGGUGAGCAAGGUGGAACUGCAUUCGGAUGUGCACCACCAGCCGCAACCCAACGGUGGCAGCAACGCGUCGUCGGUUCAGUUUACGGAAAUUCGAAGCUUGAAGCGCAUUUCGCGCAACAACGAAGCGGUCGGCACCAACAAUGGCAUCGAGGAGGGUGACACCAUUUUGAACACCCCGGGCAUCAGGGAUCCGGUGAGUGGUCGCAUUUUGACGGUCGGAGAAGCGAUUCGGUUGAGGAUACUGGAUGUGCGGAGUGGUCAGUUGAAUGUGAACGGCGAACGGUUGAGUCUAGAGGAGGCGGUACGAAGGCAAUUCAUCGAUGUGGAUUUGGUGGAUAACUUGUUGAGGCCUGGGGCAGCGCUGGAUCGCGACGGGCGACCCAUGAGCCUGCUGGAGGUGAUACAGAAGGAAAUUCUCGAAGCGGAGAAUGGCUACGACAGCACGGAGAAGCGAAUCAAGGUAACAACCGGCCACGGCUCAUCUCCUGUCAAGCGCACCCCCACUGUAAAGUAUAACGAAAAAGAAGCAAAAAGUAUUGUCGAUGCGAUUAAGCAGGGCCUGGUCGAUACCAGCAGUGGUCUCUACCGUACGGAGACCGGCGACCUUAUCACGCUGGCCGACGCCUACGAGUACGGUUACUUGAUUCGUAACGAAACAAUCAAGAUUGCGCCACACACACUCUCUCUGACCGAUUCCAUCGGACAAGGUCUGGUGGACAAUGGUGGUUGGGUCAUUGAUCGUAACACUGGCGAUACGUUCCGACUAGAUUCAGCCAUCGCGAAAAAUUUAAUUGAUCCCGACUUGCGGGAGAUCGUCGACACCAAGAACGACGUUAAGAUCACGGUGGCACAAGCCCUGGAACAGGGCAUCCUCAAUGCUAAAACGGGCCGGUACAUGAAUCCUUUGACGAAGGAAAAACUGACAUUCGCAGAGGCACGGAACCGGCAGCUCAUCUGCAAACCGAUGACAUUAAAAGACGUUUGUGAUUUAAAUUUGUUCGACAAGACGGAUAAAAUCGCUUCUCCUACGAGACGCGAUCGGGUCAAUAUUCCAGGUGCUAUUAGUUUAGGUGUGUUAGAUAGCGAUAGCAUUAAGUGUGUUUUCAAAACUAAGGGCGAACUGCUGACAUUGAAAGAUGCCCUCGAGCAGGAACUGAUACUUCCGUUCGAUAAUCGUUUCCGCCAUACGGAAACCGGUGAGUUGAUGACCAUUCCAGAAGCAGUCGAUCGAGGUCUGAUCUCAUCGGUUGCUAUCAAAUCAAUUUUCAAUAUUUUCGGUUUCAAAGAUCCACAUUCCGGAGAAUUCGUUUCGCUCAAUACGGCUCUUGCGAAGAACAUUGUACGCAAGAAGGAGGGUCGUUUCCAGUUGGAUGUAGGGAAGGGGGUUCUCAUUGAUUUGCACGAAGGCGUUGCUCAGGGACUUGUCCGUCCAGAAGUUCAUGAAAUGCUCAACCGUAAAAUUGGCGUAUUUGUCGAAGGCGGUCAUGAAUUAAUCCUUCUAGAUCUAGUCUACCACGAUCUUAUCGAUACUAAAACAGGUUUCCUGUUGGAGCAUGGUACCAACAAACACCUCCCAUUGGAACCAGCCAUAGAACGUAAAUUCAUUACACCAGAAGGAGCCUUACUAUUGAUUAGCCUAUUGAAUAUUACCCUAACCACAGAAACCGUUGUAAAAACGAUCAAACGUUAUGUUACAAUCACGCACACCGGAGAGCAGGUGGAAGCUCAACCGGACGUUCUGCUUUCCUUCACCGAAGCUGUCCGUCGGGGGCUGAUCGAUGAAAACACUCGCACGUAUCGUGAUCCCGCCACAGGUAAUAUUUAUUCCGUACAACAAGCUUUAAAUCAUGGCCUUAUCCUACCAGACACGGAAGCAGUUCCAGUGUCGGAGGACACUGGUAGCAAAGUUCCUAGUAGUAAGCCGUCUUCCAUUCCAUUAGAAUUUGAAACCCGCGUAACGAAAAGUACCAACGCCAAAAACAUCCACAUUACAACGGAGUUCUUGGACCGAGAGCGUAGGCAAACUCAAUCCUACGAGCUACCUCCCGAUGGUUGGCUUUUGGCCGAUGCUAUCUCGAAGCAACUGUUCGAUCCCGUUGCAGGUCUUUUCAUUAUUCCCGGAACGGAUCGUUUGGUUAGCUUCGAAGAAUGCAUCAAUUUGAAGAUCAUUAACCGACAAUCGGCUUUCGUCAUUGAUCCGAAAAGCCCCCAACGAAGGGUUACAUUGGAUAUUGCCCUCGAUAGAAAGUUUAUCGAUGCUACUGGUCACUAUCAGCCGGUAGGACUUGAUAAAAUCACAAUGAAAGAAGCAAUCGAUCGUAAGCUUAUUAUUUUUGAACAGCCUUUGGAUCGAACAUCCGAAGGAGCAACGCAACGCACAAUUCAAAUUACUAAAACACCUGGUCAGCCAGACGUUAUUGAAGUUUCUUCUAUCGGUGAUCAGAUGGUUCAGGUCAAAAGUCUUAAGACUCCUGAACUCCUCAGUCCGGAGCCCUUGCAAUUAGCUCCGGGCAUCAUUUAUGAUCCUUCCACUGCACUUGUAAUUUUCACUGAUACGGGUAAGUCUGACAACAUUGUCCAUGCUGUUACUAGCGGAAAAAUUGAUCCCAACUUAGUAAAGAUCAAGGAUCCAAUGACAGGCGAGAUCAUCACCAUUACCGAAGCUGUGAAUCGAGGUGUUCUUGAUCCGCAAUCAGGAGCUGUCAAGCAUCCUUCGGGACGACUGAUGAGCCUAAUCGAAGCUGCGCAACAGGGUGCUUUGGCUGUGUGCGGUGCUCCACUGGUGGCUGCCGCUGGAGCUCUAGAUUUACUCAAAACGAUCGUAGAUCCUACAACUGGAGAGGAAAUUCCUAUCGAGUUGGCCUACGAACGUGGUUUGAUCACCAAAAGUCAACUACCCAGUCCGGAGCGAGCCGCGCUGCGGAAGAAACUAAGCGUGGAGGAUAACAGUCGCAGGUCCUCAGAAGGAUUAGUAGUUACGGUUGGUGAUGGCAAGGAACCAUUGAUUCUUCAACGCAUGCGUAAAUGUGUUCUGCGGCCAAAGGAUGCAGCAGAUAAAGGUAUUAUGGAUCAGCCUACGGCUGCAAUUCUUGAACGUCCCGAACUUUUUGAUGGUGGAUUGUCACUGGAACGAUCGAUUGCCGCUGGGCGUCUGGAUGGGAAUCAGGGUAAGAUAAUUGAUCCUCAACGAGGACACGUUUUAACGAUCAACGAGGCCAUGCGUCGCGGAAUUCUCGAUCGUCAUGGAACGAACAACGUGUUCAUUCCACUGGCAAAGUCGCUUUCCAUUCCAGAAUUAAAAACGCAAGGUCUCCUGGACGUUGAGAGCUCGAAGAUCUACCAUCCUGAGUCAGGUCAGCUUCUAACGUUGAAAGAAGCAUCAAUUUGUGAAAUUGUUGAUCCUUUAUCCGAAGUUAUUAUAAACGGCGGUAGUGAACGGCUUCCAUUGGAAAAAGCCAUUGAGUCCGGGGUAGUUGACGCAGUGAAGGGAACUGUCAAUAAUGUUAAACUGAGUGAUGCAAUUGAACAAAAUGCUUUUAUUGUGCCAAAUUAUUCUGCAAGAAUCCCCCCUGUUGGGAUGACCAUUCCUGUGAUCGUCAAACGACACCUUUUAGACAUAAAUCGUAAAGAGAUUACGCAUCCGAUCAGUAACAAGCCGAUGACGGUAAAUGAUGCCAUCAAGAAGGACUUUGUAAUGGCAAUUCCAUACACACCGAAUGUCAAUGCCACAGGCAUUGAUGACGCGCUCAAUAGAAAACUGAUAAAUACGAUCAACAUUUCAUUCAAAAAUCCCAAAACAUCUGAGGAACUACCACUACAGGAAGCAAUUGAAACUGGCUUAUUAGAGGUGAAGCCACUUCCAGAAAUAGUGCAAGGCCUGCAAGCGAACACAGCAGUGACUUCGAUCCAGGAAACGGUAUCAUCGAGCCACACAAUCACUACAAAAACCGUGGAGAUCCAAUCCGGCUAUGCGUUGAUCUCGGCCACUGAAGUGCAGGACACAGCAACCGGUGAAAUCAUAUCCGUCGAUGAGGCUAGACGACGAGGCAUUCUCAGCGAUGAGGAACACACCAAGAACGAAGUUCUGAAUCAAGAGGUUAACAUCAACUUCAGUGAUGCUCUCCAGAGGGGCCUAUUGGAUGUCACGAAAGGAAUGUUCCGACAUCCGGAUAGCGGCGACGUGAUGUCAAUUUCAGAUGCCGUUGAGAAAGGUUAUAUUGCAACGAAGACGGCAAGUGACGAAGCGCUGAAUCGCUCGCCAGAGAUGAUGCACAAAGUGAUAGCUACAGUAGAUGUUGGUCAGGGGUCGUUGCUUGAUCCCAAGAAACGGGAAAUUGUUCAUAAGAUUAGUAUUGAUACUGAUGAUAAGGUGGAUCCUACAAUUCGCAAGAAUUCUCUACCGGAAACGAAGGUGGGCGACGGAAAGUUUGCAGAAAAUAUAAAGGACGCUGCUAAGCUCGGUUUAAUGGCAGUUGUUGGGGCGCCAGUCCUUGGAGGAAUGGCUAUAGCUGGAGCAGUAAAGAAAGUAUUCGAGAAGAAAGAAAGUGAGAAAUCAGAUUCUGUAUCGGUUGUUGACCCGUCUGGUGUUGUGGUAGAGACAACUUCUAAGCAGAUCAGUUCAACGUCAAUUCAGGUCAUUACAAAAACUGUAGAAGGAGUACCCUUGGCGAAUUCUGCUUUCCCACUUGAUAUCGAUGAUGUUCCCCAGGUUCCAGAAGUUGGUAUUUCCGAAAUUGCUCCUAUCAAGGUUAUUACGGAAAUCAAGGUUGAGAAAAAUACAGAACCAGCUGUGGUUGAUCUUACGGAAGAACUUUCCUCUAGUGAUCAACCAUUUGUGAAAGUUGAUGAUUCUGUAGUAAUUGUUGGAAAACCUGCAACUGUUGUCGAUUUAAGUGAGAUUGUAGCGGAUGCUUCUCAGGCUGAUGUAGUUGAAACAGAGACUGAAACAGUUACUUCAAUUACAAUUAAAAGGCAGAUUGAAACGGAAAUUACUGAAAUAGUCGAAGAUGUCAGUGAAUUAGACUCAAAUGCACAGGAAGUUGUUAAACAAGAGCAUAAACCUGAAGAUUCUGACAAACAUACAGAUAUUACAUCAUCAACUCCUUCGGAAAGCCCUGUAUUAGCUGUUGUUGAUCCUAAAACAGAUGAUACCGAAAGUAAUAAGAAAGUGGUUUCCGAGCAACCUACUCAAGCAGCGAAACAAAUAGUGGAUCCAUUUGAAUCCGAACUGUCUGGUGAGCUCUCCACAGAUGUUCCUAAAAAAGUUGAGCCAAUACCUUCAGAAGUCUCGGAAAACCAACAGGUGAAGAAUGCUUAUCCAGAUUCCACAGAAUUUAUUGUUGAAGAAUUAUCAAAAGAUACUGAACAACCGAGUGGUGUUGAAGAUCUGCCAGGAAAUGCUGAACAGAGUAUUAGUAGAUCCAAAGAUCAAAUUCCAGUAGAGCAAUCUAAUGUCGAAACAACUGAGCCAUUGUCAGCAGUUAAACCCCAUGAAACAAUAACUGCAGAUAACUCCAAAUCACAACUACAAGCUCAGGAUUCCGGAAAAGAAGUACAGAAGAUGUCACAAUCUGCUGAUGAAGAUGCAUUCAUACCCAAACCUGAGGAAAGUCAACAGGAGUCAAAUACGCUCCCCGACACAAAGGCAAUCGCAGUACAAGAAGCCAAGAAUGACAUUUCAAAACCGAGCGAUCUUCAAGCAUUUACAGAUCAAAUCCAUUCUGAGCCCAUCCCGGAUGAUCAAAGUCCAGCAUCAACAGGUAUUACUGAAGGUGAACCAGAAGAUCAUAAUAAAACACCUUCGGAAUCACCCAAAACUAAUGCUGAUGUACCAAAACUUGACGAACCAACGGAUGAUGAUAAACAAAUCUUCGAUGCAGAGAAACCCACCAGUUCUUCAGACAUUAACAACGUUCUUGAUGUGCAGUCUUUACCAUCAUCACAAAUUGGUUUAAAGGAAAAAGCAGAUGAGUUAGAUACGUCCGGUUAUACCACCCCAACGACGAAGCCUGCGGAUGUUUCUGGGGAUUCAGCACCAAAGACAGCUGCUGUUGAUUCAGAUCUUACUGGAAACGAACCAGAAAGUUCGCAAGCCCCGAACGAAGCAACCUUUACUCCAAAUGAAGUUCCUAAGACAGCUGUUGUAAAAUCGGAAGAACAGGUACUUGUUGAGAUGAAAUUGGAAGGUUCGCCAACUUGGAACGAAGAAACAAUUAUUCCAAGCGAAACUUCCAAGGCAGAACCAGCACUUGAAGAAAAGAAAGCAGAAAAUACACCAACAUCAAACAAAGAAACCAUUGUUCCAAAAGAAUCUACAGAUGUCCGCGAGGAUUCGGUACCUUCUACAACUUCAGUUCCACCUGAAAAAGCCUCGUCCACCACAACAAUUACCACCGUGUUCCUUGAAAAGGAGAAAACACCAGAACGCCCAACCAACUUGAAACCAACCAAAGAUUCCAGCACAAGUGAUACGGGAAAGAAAGUGUUGGACGCAGCCAAGCUGGGACUGAUGGCUGUCGUUGGCGCUCCAAUUCUUGCCGGCAAGGCCGUUGUGGACGCACUCAAGAAAGAUCGAUCAACCGAGCAGCCGGAAGUAAAAACCGAGCAAGUCAAACCAUCGUCCGUUGUGGACGCACUCAAGAAAGAUCGAUCAACCGAGCAGCCGGAAGUAAAAACCGAGCAAGUCAAACCAUCGUCCGUUGCGGAUGCCACAGCGGCAUUCCUCGAACAGGAACGAUCACCCGGCGAUGGUAAACGGGAGUUCCGAGAGCUUGAACAAACCAUCGGCGGCAUUCUGGAACAGGAAGAUGCCGAUGGAAAACUUCUCAAAACGCCGGAAAAGCACGUUACAUUUGAUAUUGCCGAGCAAACACCGGAGAAGCGUCCUAAAAAUGAACCAUACCAGAGACUUCCUCUCGGGGAAGCGAUUUCCCAAGGCAAGAUCAUUCCAAAAGUGUGUCGCGUGAUGGUAGAUGACAAGGAAAUGUCAUACACGGUUGAGGAAGGUUUGAAUAACAGAAAUGUAAGAAUAUACGACAUUGUGGACGUGAUAUCGCAGGAAUUGGUAUCAUUCGUUGAGGGUGAGGCAGACGGUUUGGUGAUCGAUGAAACGCUAACCAAGCAAAAAUUGAUUGAUCUGGGUGUGUAUGAUCCGAAUACGGGUGGAUUCAUCAAUCCGAACAACGGGGAAAGGAUGUCAUUCUGCGAUCUUAUCUACAACUCCGGUUUGAUCGAUCCUUCCACGGUGUUCGUGAAAGAUCUGGGUCGCGAUAAAUACGAAAGUUUAGAAGUAGCCCUUCAGAAACAUCUCAUUGACAAGAACACGGGUCACAUGUUGGACAAUAAGUCCGGUAAGAAAGUGAAAUUCGUUGAAUGCUGCAAGCGAGCAUGGGUUAUUCAAAGAGAACCGUCUAGUGAAAACCUGGAUCAGUCUCCUACGCUGGCUGAGGUAUUGGACGCUGGCCAAUUUAACCCGCAAACGGGAGAAUUGGUUCAGAACAACCAAAGUGUUCCGAUUGCCGAGGCGCUACGCGCCGGCUUUAUUGAUAACGAUUCCGUUUCAGUGCGAGAUCCAACCGAUGGCGAUGUUUUGCCCUUACGCGUUGCGAUCGAGCGUGGAAUCAUUGAUCUCAAGCUGGGCGUGAUCUUCAACCGGGAAACUCAAGAGGAGAUCGAUUUGAAUGAGGCUUAUAACCGGGGAUACAUGCUGGAAGGGAAGCGCAAGCCGAUCUCCCUGGAAGCCGCAGUUCGUAAGGGUUUGUACAAUCCCGAAUCGGGAUUGAUCUUGGAUACGAUCACCGAAGAGAUGGUGGAUGUGCAACGUUCGGUAGAUAAGGGUAUUGUUGAUCCGAAGAUUUCAAAUGUCAAGGAUACCAAAGAAAAUGUGUUGGUACCUUUGCAGGAUGCGCUGGACAAGAAAUUGAUCGAUAGUGAGUCAGGAAAGUUGAAGGAUACUGAGACUGACCAGUUGCUUCCAUUGAACGUUGCCCUGGAGAAGAAAAUGAUGGAUACAAAGCAGGUCACUCACAGCCUCAUUGAAGUUUUGAACAAAGAAUUCUACGAUCCAACCUCCGGCAAGAUCUUAAACCCGGGUAGUGGAGAAGAAAACAUCUUGAAGGAUGCGAUCGAUUCCCAGUUGGUUGAGAUUGACAGUGUUCUGGUUAGGGACGAACAGAAGGACAAGGUUAUCAAAUGUGGGGAUGCUAUCGAAUCCGGCUUACUGGAUGAUGUUCGGGGAGUUUUGACAAGGCCUGAAUUGACACUUGAUCGUGCCUAUCAGAAAGGUUAUAUCUUGAGUAACAAGAAACCGAUUUCCUUGACCGACGCUCUUUUGCGAGGUUUCUACGACCAAAGUAGCGGAUUAUUGCGCUUUGAUGGAGCACCUGGUGUGACCCUUGAAAAGGCCAUUGCUGAUGGUGAAAUCUCCGCUGCUGAUUUGAUCGUUCGCGAUCCUAAGAGCAGGGGAGUGGUGAGUCUUUCGGAAGCCAUCCGAGGUGGUCUGGUUGACCCUAUCUCCGGACUGGUGGUCGAUUCCGGAUCUGGUUUGAGCAUGGGCAUGAUGGAAGCGCUGGAUCGCGGCAUUAUUGUCGUGGCAAAGCGAAGAUGCAGCCUGCCCGAUGCGGUGUUCCGAGGAUUGUACGAUCCCAAAUCGGGUCAGUUUAGCAGUACAACUACGCCGGAGAAACUGUCCACGGAGCGUGCCAUUAGGCGCGGUAUGCUGGAUCCGGAGUCUACCAUUGUUAAUGUAGCGGGUAAGAUCCAACCGUUCGAACUGGCUAUUGAGAAUGGUACGGUCGAUGUGAAGCGAGGUACUAUUCAGGAUGAAGUGGGUAAUAAAAUUGAUUUCCGUGAAGCGUUCGAUCGGGGAUUGCUGGUUGAAGUGCGGAAGCCGAUCAGCUUGAGUGAAGCCGUCGUGAAGGGUAUUUACAAGGAGAGUAGUGGGUUGUUUAUGGAUCCCAAGACUGGAAGAAAACUUACCCUCGAGCAAGCGAUUGCCGAGAAGGUAAUUGAUCCGAAUUCAGUACAAAUCAAGGACCCAACAACCGGUUUUUAUAAGGAUUUGGAUUUGGUGGACGCGAUCGAAAGUGAUUUGAUCAACGGACAAGAUUCGAACGUUAAACAUAGUGGUGAUAGAAUAACUCUUAAGCAUGCCUUCGAUAUCGGACUGCUUUACGAUAGCAAAGCUCCGAUCAGCUUGCAGAGGGCCAUUCACCAAGGAAUCUACGAUGAUAAGAGUGGAAAGUUUGUGGAUCCAGUUUCUGGACGAAAGAUCACUCUGCAUGAAGCAACUAGGAAGUUCGUUAUUAAUCCUCAGUUGCCGUGCUACUUCAAUGAAACGGAUGAGGUAAUGCUGAAUCUGUUUGAAACAUGUAGGGCCAAGUUGAUCGAUCGGCGAGAGGGGGUUUUCAAAGAGCCUGGUAGCGAGGUGUUCAUUCCUUUGAACGAAGCCCUUGCAUUGGGUUUGAUUGUGGACAUUGAAAGUGCUGGGUUCGGGUUGUACGAAACGCUCGCCAUGGGUUUCUACGAUAAGAAGAGCGGAAAGGUCAUACAUCCUAUUACGAAUCGCAAGAUCACAUUGGAAGAAGCUUGCAGGGAAGAUAUUGUAAGCUUGGGAUCUUCUAUUGUCAAGAAUACAGUUACUGGAAAGUAUAUACGCUUGAAUGAGGCCAUUAGUGCGAAAAUAAUUGAUGAUCAAGAGGGUGUUUAUAUUCUUCCGAAAGGAAACAAGAUCGAUUUGCAGGAAGCUAGGCGAAAGGGUUUAAUUGUAACCAAUCAAAAGCUGUUGUCGUUGGAGAAAGCCAUUAAGCUUCAUCUGUAUCGGCAAGAUUCAGGAACAUUUGUGGAGCCAAAUUCUGGAGAUCACGUUAGUUUGCAGGAGGCCCUUGACAGUGGAUUAUUGGACUCUGAGACUACGGUUUAUAAGGAUGCAGUGACAGGACAGGACAAACCGAUUCGGGCAGCAAUCGCUGACCAGGACAUAGACGUUGCUAAGGGCAAAGUGUUGGAUAGGAAAUCAGACAGAACUUAUAACUUUGACGUAGCGUUUAACAAAGGUUUGCUAGUGACGGUUCAGAGGCCAGUUACAGGAAAGAUCUUAGAAAGGAAAGAAAGCAUUGAUAAUUUGCUGCAGGAAUCACCUCUAGGUAAAAGUCCAAAGGAGAUGAGCUUGAAGGAUGCUUUACGGCACGAAAUUGUAUCGAUUGAUAAGUCGGUCAUGAAGCAUCCGACGAGCCGUCAGUUCGUGCCUCUGAAAGUAGCGAUUCAAGAAAAGUUGAUUACCGAGGAUAGCCGUGCCACCGUCGAUCCGAAACAGACGUUCUUCGUGUUCGAUGGCAGUAACGUCGUAUUUGUUCGGCAACCGUUGACGUUUGAUCAAGCCGUUGAAUCUAGUCUACUGGACCUGUCGACCGGUAAGUUCUUGUACAAAACUCCAACGAUUGGUGGUGGUGCAACGGAUAGCGAUGUUACUGAGGUGUUGAACCUGAAGGAUGCGAUCGGUCAAGGUUACAUCGAUCCCGAAUCUGUCCUACUGAAAGAUGGAGCCAAAAAGAAGUUCUUACCCCUACCGGAAGCAUUCCGCAAGGGGCUGAUCGAUGCCGAAAAGUCGAAUGUGCUGGAUACCAACACAACCAAGUUGACCUCUCUCCAGACAGCAGUAGACAGCGGUUUACUGAUAACUCCAAAACGUGCAAUAUGUCUCAUGGAAGCUCUUGACUAUAAUUUGUAUAAUACCGAACGCGGCACCUUCGAGGACCCGUUCCAACCUAACCAACAUAAAACCUUAAAUGCAACCAUACAAUCCGGUUUAAUUGACCCAACAACAACAAUGGUACGUGACAUUAGUAACAAUAGUGUAAUAGUGCCGUUGCUAACCGCCGUCGGCAAUGGUCUAAUCGAUCCGGUCGAUGGACAUUUCAAUCUUGCAAGUGAACAAACUAAGAUAGAUCUCGUGAAAGCCCGCGACCGAGGAUAUCUCAUACAAGCAGAGCAACGGCAAGCCGUCGUCGAAAAGUUUGCCCUUUGUGAAGAUCACCUUGCAAAACUUCUGGAAUGGAUUACCAAGGUCGAGCAGGACAUUGCCUCCGUUGGUGGACCGAAAGAACGCGUUGAUGAUUUGAGAAAUCAAAUCAACUCGCUCAAGCAAAUCAAGGAUGACAUCGACGCCCAAUCGCGUCCGGUUGCGUCCUGCCUGGAGCAGGUCCGUCAGCUAGUCCUGACCGGUGGAGAUGUACUGAGCGCUCCAGAAGUUGCAGCCCUGGAAAGUUCUGGCCGUGAAUUGCGCUCUCGCGUGGAUAAGGCACAGGACCGAACCGGAAAGCUACUGCGCCGUCUGGGUGCCGCUCGUGAUGAGCUCGGAAAGCUUCGCUCCGAGUUGGAUACCUUCUCCUCUUGGUUACAGACAUCGCGUCGAACGCUGGAAGACAAGGAAAGUACUCUGUCGGACCUGAACCGUCUGUCGACGCAAUCCGAAUCGGUGAAGGAAUUCCACGGGGACGUCGUCGCUCAUCAGGCAGAUCUUCGAUUCAUCACCAUGGCCGCACAGAAGUUCGUCGAUGAAUGCAAGGAUUACCUCUCCGUUUUGAACGAUUUCCGUACCACUUUACCCGAGAGAUUACCCCACAUCGAACAGGUUUCCAGCUCUGACAGCCCGAUUCGUCAAGAAGUAUCCUUGGUCACUGCCCAAUAUCGUGACCUACUAAAUCGUGCCAAUGCUCUAUUAGACCGCCUAGCAGGACUGGGAGGUCGCCAACGAGAUUACCAGGAAGCGUUGGAGAAGGUUCGUUCUUGGCUGCGAGAUGUACAACCUCGAGUCAGCGCAGUGCUCUCCGAUCCUAUUGCUGCCGAUCCACAAUCAGUACAGGAUCAAAUGAAUCAAACCAAAGCACUGCAAAGUGAGUUCUUAUCUCAGGGACGACUCAUCGACAACGUGCAACACAGUCUGGAUUCUCUACUGAAGUCCCUGGCUGGACGUCUCAGUCCAUCUGAGGUGUCUGCCUUGGAAAUCCCUGUUGAAGACGUUAAGGACAAAUACAAUCAACUCCUUGAAGCAUUAGGAGAUCGUUCCAAGUUGCUCGAUACGGCCCUGGUUCAGUCACAAGGUGUCCAGGACGCACUCGAUGGGUUGUCCGGUUGGAUCAAUCAGUCCGAAGAUAAGUUCAAGCUACAAAACCGCCCAGCGUCUCUCAUCAAAGAUCGCCUUAACGAACAAGUACGCGAGCAUCGUGGUUUGCUAAAUGAUCUUGAAUCACAUCGUACCAGCUUGGAAAGUGUAACUCUAUCCGCACGCGAACUUAUGGCCAACGCCUCAAAUGCUCGCCUCGCCAAGAGAAUCGAAACCAACUUGAGUGAUGUUACUGGAAGAUUUGAGAAAUUACUCGACAAGGCCUUGAAACGUGGUGAAUUCCUUGAAGAUACGCUGGCUCAACUGAUUAAGUUCAACGAAGAUGCUGCCACCUUAGAACAAGAGCUUUCCAAUCUGCAGGAAGCUCUCGAUGGUAGAGAACUCACGUCACUGCCAGCAGACACGCUGACUCAGCGAAUGAUCGAACUAACCAGAAACAAAGAACAUCUCCGUCCUUUGUACGAGAACUGCGUAAGACUUGGCAAAGAUCUCAUUUCCAAACGGGAUGUAACCGACACGGGUGUAGUCAGAGAUCGCGUUAAGGCUUUGGAGAACGCCUGGAAAAAUCUCGAUGUAACUCUGGAAGAUAAACUCAAACUAUCCAAACAGAAAGCUGAACAAUUGAACGCCUACGAAGACCUCAAAGAUCAAGUGCUGGUAUGGCUAUCCAGCAUUGAAACCAGAACGAAUAACCUAGCUCCAGUUGCAGUGGAUGUCGAUACGAUCAAAUAUCAGAUCGAGGAAGUGAAACCGUUGGUCAAGGAGCACCGUGACUAUGGCGUUACUGUCGAUAAGGUCAACGACCUGGGAGCUCAGUACGAUGCCUUAGUCCGUCCAGACAGCCCAACCCGCAAACGAUCGGCGUACAGUCCAAUCAAACGAUCAACCGUCAGCCCAAUGCGCCGCACGUCGGGAGAUGCGCGAUCACCAAGUCCAACCAAGGGUCUGGGCCCAAGCCCAACCGUGUCGCCGCUAUCUCCCGGUGGAUCGAGCGGAUUUGGUAGCCGGCGAUCAUCGCAAGAUGGUUUCCAGCUAACCGAUCUUACACCGAUCCAGCAACAGCUGACGGAGAUCAACAAUCGGUACAGCUUGGUUGGAGCCCGUCUGAACGACCGCCAGAACGAACUCGACUCUGUCAGAGAUGAAGUUCGCAAGCAUCAGGAGAGCCUGAAAACUUUGGCUAGUUUCCUGGACAAAAUCCAACGACAGGUGCCCAAGGAAGUCAUUAGCAAUAAGGACGAAGCCGACCGAUGUAAUAAGCAAGCUCGUAAAGUUUUGGAAGAAAUGUAUGAGAAGCAAAGUCUGCUUGAUUCUACCAAAGCACAGGUGAAAGACUUACUGAAACGCAAACCCGAUGUGCAAGGUGCUGAUCGCUUACGAUCCGAGCUAGAUGCUGUGGCUGAUCGUUGGAAAAAUUUGAAUGACCUUUGCAAGGACCGCAUCAACUUCUCUGAACAGCUGCGUGAUUUCCUGGAUACCCAUGACAACCUCAAUACUUGGCUCGGAGCUAAAGAGCGUAUGUUGACCGUACUCGGACCCAUUUCAUCGGACCCACGCAUGGUACAAAGCCAGGUUCAGCAAGUGCAAGUUCUACGCGAAGAAUUCCGCGGUCAACAACCACAGUUGAAUCACUUGCAAGAAGUUGGUAACGCUGUACUCGAAUACCUCCGAGAAUCGUCUCCAGAAGGACAGUCCGUUGCCUCCAAGUUGAAGAACGUACAAAAGAAAUGGGAUGACCUCGUUAGCCGCCUGGAUGAUCGUGCACAAAGCUUGGGAGCCGCGGCCGAUACAUCCAAAGAAUUCGAUGCUGGUCUCAACCGUCUACGAGAAGCCUUGCAAAACAUCAGCGACAAUCUGGAUGCCCUUCCAACGGAUCGCGAUCACCAGGAGAAUUUGCGAAAGAUCGAAAACCUCGAAAGACAACUUGAAGGACAGCGACCGCUGUUGGCUGAUUCGGAAGCUGCGGGUGAAGCUCUUUGCCGUGUUCUCAGUGAUCCAGCAUCUCGAGCUGACGUCAAUGCCCGUCUGGCAGCAGUUGGUAAACAAUAUCAAAACCUUCAGAAGAAAUUGGAUAACCGAAAGGCAGAAACUGAUUCUGCUUUGCGAGAUGGACGGCAGUUUGCCGAAACUUGUGCUAGAACGCUUGGCUGGCUGUCGGGAGAAUUGGGCAACCUUACAGAUCGUCUACUAGUAUCUGCCCAUCGUCCAACGCUCCAACACCAGAUCGACACACACGAACCCAUCUAUCGUGAAGUGAUGAGCCGUGAACAUGAAGUGAUCAUGUUGCUAAACAAAGGUCGAGAAUUGCAAGACAAGCCAGGACAGGUCCCAGAUCGCACUGUUCAACGCGAUCUGGAGAAAAUCUCUCAACAAUGGGAACGGUUGCGCAACGCAGCCGUUGAUCGGCAUUCAAGACUACAGACCUGUUUGGAGCACUGCAAGAAACAUUCCGCUGCUUCGGAAACGUUCUUGGCGUGGUUGCGUGGAGCUGAAGACAAGCUGAGUUCGUUCAAACCCGGUAUCCUUAAGAAAUCGCAACUUGAUCAGCAACUGAAAGAGCUGCAGGCAUUCCGCUCAGAUGUAUGGAAGAAAUCAGGCGAAUAUGAAAAUACACGAGGUUUGGGCGAAACCUUCAUCGGAGCUUGCGAUGUGGAUAAGGAUCCGAUCAAGGCUGAACUGCAGGAUAUGAAGGACCGGUGGGAACGUUUGAACAACGAUCUCAUUGCUCGGGCUCAAACCCUCGAUACAUGUGCCAAACGUCUUGGCGAUUUCAACGAAGAAUUGCGAGAUUUAGAACAUGCUGUUGGUCGCUGCGAAGAUCGUCUGGCAGCGCAUGAUGCUUUGGGGGGUGCCGCCAAGGAUCCAAAAUUGUUGGAUCGUGUCAAGACUAUCAAAGAAGAUGCCUCCGCUCUGCGUAAACCGUUGCAAUCUGUUCGCAAACUGGCCGGAGAUAUUGCUGUUGAAGCCCGUGCUGCUGGCGGUGAUGCCGAUCACUUGAAGAACGAUGUUGAUGGAAUUGCCGAUCGUAUUGAAGAUCUUCACGGUCGCUUGGAUGAUCGUUGUGGUGAGCUCCAAUCAGCCGCCACGGCAGUGUCGCAGUUCAACGAUGCGGUUAAGGCUUUGGGACUUGAUCUCAAUGAUUUGGAGAGUCAAAUUGAUUCGUUGAGUCCACCUGCUCGGGAAAUUAAGACCGUGAUGAAUCAACUUGAUGAGGUAGCAGGUAUUCUGAGCAAGAUUGAUCGUACCGCAAGCCAUGUCGUUAGCAUUGAACACGCUGCAGAACAGUUGGUUGAUUCAGGAUUCGCUCCGGAUACGGUUGGUACACGAGAUCAGAUCGGUACGCUGAGACGACAGCUUGGCAAGUUGGAAAAUCGAGCACGCGACCAUGAUGAUGCUUUGCAAAAGGCCUUGAAGGCACUGCAGAAGUUCUACGAUCUACACCAGCGUACGUUGGAUGAUUUGACUGAUGUAGCCGACCAAGUGAAGAAGCUGAAGCCGGUUAGCUCGGAAUUGGAACAGAUUCGUAACCAGCAAGAUGAUUUCCGCCGCUUCAAGCAACGUCAUGUUGAGCCAUUGAUUCAGAACAUCGAUGAAGUUAAUCGCAGUGGUCAAGAUUUGAUCCGAUCUGCUCAAGGUGGUGUUCCAACUGGAGUACUGGAGAAAGAUCUUGAGAGAAUCAACGAGAAAUGGAAUGAUCUUAAAGAGAAGAUGAAUGAGCGUGAUCGCCGGUUGGAUGUUGGACUGUUGCAGUCUGGAAAAUUCCAGGAGGCAUUGGAUGGCCUUUCUCAAUGGCUGAAGGAUACCGAAGAAAUGGUUGCCAACCAGAAACCACCAAGUGCCGAUUACAAGGUUGUGAAGGCUCAAUUGCAAGAACAGAAGUUCCUCACGAAGUUGCUGAUGGAUCGCCAAAACUCUAUGUCUUCGCUGUUCCAACUUGGGCAAGAGGUCGCAGCUGGUUGUGAUGCCUCUGAGAAGGCCGCUAUUGAACGCCAACUGAAGGAACUGAUGGGACGCUUCGACGCCCUGACGGAUGCUGCUCAGACUCGUACUCUAGAUCUAGAGCAAGCUAUGCAUGUCGCUAAACAGUUCCAAGAUCAACUGAUUCCACUGACGAAAUGGCUGGAUGGUGCAGAGCGUGCAGUGAAAGCAAUGGAGUUGGUGCCUACUGACGAAGAAAAGAUUCAGCAGCGUAUUCACGAACACGAACGAUUGCAUGACGAAAUUCUGUCCAAACAGCCUGACUUCAGCGAGCUGGCUGAUAUUGCUGGACAGCUCAUGGAACUGGUUGGUGACGACGAAGGAGUUGUGUUGAGCGAGAAAGUGAAGCAUACUACCGACAGGUACACGGAUUUGGUACACGCUAGCGAGAAUAUUGGACAUGUGUUGAAUGAAUCACGUCAAGGUCUGCGUCAUUUGGUGCUAACCUAUCAAGACCUAGUCUCGUGGAUGGAGAAUAUGGAAAAUCGUCUACAGAGGUUCCGUGUCAUUCCGGUGCAUACUGAGAAAUUGCUAGAGCAGAUGGAGGUGUUGGUAGAGCUGAACGAAGACAUUGCCAGCCGAUCACCCAAUGUGGAAUCUACAGUUGAAGCCGGAUCGGAACUGAUGAAGCACAUUUCCUCGGACGAAGCACUACAGUUGAAGGAUAAGCUUGACUCACUACAGCGUCGUUAUGGAGAACUUACAACAAAGGGCGGCGAUCUUUUGAAACAUGCUAAGGAUGCCCUGCCGUUAGUACAACAGUUCCACCAAUCGCAUAUCCGUUUGGUAGAUUGGAUGCAAGCUGCUGAGUCGAAACUGGCUACCGGAGAUUCCAACGAAAUCGACAUCGUGCGCCUUGAAUCAGAUUUGAGCGAAAUGAGACCGGUACUUGAAACAGUCAACUCGGUGGGUCCUCAGUUGUGCCAGAUUUCUCCAGGAGAAGGAGCUUCUACGAUCGAAGGAAUCGUCACUCGCGACAACCGUCGCUUCGAAGCGAUUGUUGAACAAAUUCAACGCAAGGCCGAACGUCUGCACCUUAGCAAACAACGCAGCAAUGAAGUUACUGCCGAUAUCGACGAACUGCUGGAAUGGUUCCGAGAUAUGGAUGCCACACUGCGCGAUGCUGAACCACCAGCAAUGACACCUAAGCUGGUUCGAGCACAGUUGCAAGAACAUCGCUCAAUCAACGACGACAUCUCCAGCCAGAAAGGACGUGUUCGUGAUGUUACUUCGUCUGCAAAGAAGGUACUCCGAGAAUCGCAGCCCAACGAAAAUACCAUUGCCUUGCGUGAGAAAUUGGAAGAUCUAAAGGAAGUUGUAGAAACUGUAGCUGGACUCUGCUCGAAUCGCUUGGCCAUACUGGAGCAAGCUCUCCCACUGUCGGAACACUUUGCCGAUUCACACACUGGCUUGGUCACUUGGUUGAACGACAUGGAACAUCAAAUUUCCAUGUUGGCCAUGCCGGCACUUCGAGCUGAUCAGAUUGCCAUCCAACAAGACAAGAACGAGCGAUUGACGCAAUCCAUCUCCGAGCACAAACCUCUUUUGGAUAAACUGAACAAGACCGGAGAAGCGUUGAUGGCCUUAGUUGCCGAUGACGAUUCAGCUAAGAUUAGUGAAAUUCUUGAAUCGGACAAUGCCCGUUACGCUGCCUUACGCACGGAACUUCGUGAACGCCAAAAUGCCUUGGAGCAAGCUCUGCAAGAAUCUAGUCAGUUUUCGGAUAAGUUGGAAGGUAUGUUACGUGCCCUACAGAACACUGCCGAGCAGGCCAACCAGGCCGAUCCAAUUUCCGCCCAUCCACCAAAGAUCCGUGAUCAAAUCGAGGAGAAUGCAGCACUUGUUGAGGACAUUGAUAAACGAGGAGAAGCCUUCGCUGCUGUCAAACGUGCCGCCACGGAUGUCAUUUCUAAGGCUACCAACCCGUCUGACCCAGCUGUACGCGACAUCAAGAAAAAGUUGGAGAAACUGAACAAUUUGUGGAAUGAACUGCAGAAAACUACUUCCAAGCGUGGAUCUGCCCUGGAUAAUACACUUUCCGUAGCAGAUAAGUUCUGGAAGGAGAUGCAAGCUGUAAUGGAGACAUUGAAGGAACUGCAAGAUGCUCUCCAGACGCAGGAACCUCCGGCGGCACAACCACAGGCCAUCAAGAAACAACAGGUUGCCCUCCAAGAAAUUCGCCAGGAAAUCGACCAAACCAAACCGGAAGUGGAACAAGUGCGCCGAACUGGAAGCAACUUGAUGUCGCUCUGCGGCGAACCGGACAAGCCCGAAGUGAAGAAGCACAUCGAAGAUUUGGACCACGCCUGGGAUAACAUCACCGCUCUGUACGCCAAGCGCGAAGAGAACCUGAUCGACGCCAUGGAGAAGGCAAUGGAGUUCCACGAGACGUUGCAGAAUCUGUUGAACUUCCUGGCCAAGGCGGAGGACCGCUUCCAGAAGUUGGGCCCGCUCGGCUCCGACAUCGAAGCCGUCAAGAAGCAGAUCGAACAGUUGAAGCACUUCAAGGAUGACGUCGAUCCGCACAUGGUUGAAGUUGAGGCGCUGAACAGAGCAUUGAACAGGCAAGCGGUUGAACUGACCGAACGUACUUCAGCCGAACAGGCGAGUGCCAUUCGCGAGCCGCUGAACUCCGUGAACCGCCGCUGGGAGAAUCUACUCCGAGGUAUGGUUGAACGUCAGAAGCAACUGGAGCAUGCACUGCUCCAUCUUGGCCAGUUCCAGCAUGCUCUGAACGAGUUGUUGGUCUGGAUCAACAAGACCGAUGCCAAUUUAGACGAGCUGAAGCCCAUUCCUGGAGAUCCACAGCUUUUGGAGGUUGAGUUGGCUAAACUGAAAGUCUUGGCCAACGAUAUCCACGCUCAUCAGAGCUCGGUGGACACGUUGAACGAUGCUGGCAGGAAGCUGAUCGAGAACGAUCGAGGUUCGUUGGAGGCAUCAACCACUCAGGACAAACUGCAACAGUUGAACAAGCAAUGGAGAGAUCUACUACAAAAGGCAGCUGACCGUCAACACGAGUUGGAAGAAUCUCUGCGUGAUGCUCAAGGCUUCACCGCUGAAAUCCAAGAUCUUCUUGGAUGGUUAGGCGAUGUUGACGCAAUCAUCGGAGCAAGCAAACCUGUUGGUGGAUUACCGGAAACUGCUUCCGAACAACUUGAACGGUUUAUGGAGGUCUACAACGAACUCGAAGAGAACAGACCGAAGGUAGAGACGUUAAUCGCACAAGGACAAGAAUAUGUACGUAGACAAACGCAGAUGCAGGUUUCGGCUAGCAAUCUGCAGCACACACUUAGAACGUUGAAGCAGCGCUGGGACGCUGUUGUUUCCAGAGCAUCAGAUAAGAAGAUCAAGCUGGAAAUCGCUCUGAAGGAAGCUACGGAGUUCCACGACGCCCUACAAGCGUUCGUUGAAUGGCUUACUCAAGCAGAAAAACAACUUUCUUCAGCACCUGCGGUUUCCCGUGUGCUCGAAACAAUUCAGCAACAGAUGGAAGAGCACAAAAUCCUUCAGAAGGACGUUUCCAUCCAUCGAGAAUCGAUGCUUUUGCUGGACAAGAAGGGAACCCAUUUGAAAUAUUUCAGUCAGAAGCAGGACGUUAUCUUGAUUAAGAAUCUGUUGGUUUCGGUGCAGCAUCGUUGGGAACGUGUAGUCGCAAAGGCUGCUGAACGAACUCGGGCCUUAGACCAUGGUUACAAAGAGGCACGCGAAUUCCACGAUGCUUGGCUGCAGCUGACCUCGUGGUUGAAAGAAACUGAGACUACGUUGGACACGCUUGCAGAAGAGACCACCAACGAUGCAGUCAAGAUCAAGAAGCACUUGGAGAAACUGCGGGAUAUUCAACGUCACCUGCAGUCGAAGGAAAGCUUCUAUGAUAGCACAAUGCGUAAUGGCAAGGGAUUGAUGGAUCGUGCUCCGAAAUCCGACGAACCAGUGCUGUUGAGGAUGAUUAAUGAACUUAAGGAUUCGUGGAAACGUGUAUGUCAUAAGAGCGUCGAACGUCAACGCAAAUUUGAGGAGGCUUUGCUGCUGUCUGGACAAUUUGCCGACGCUCUACAGGCACUACUCGAAUGGUUGCGUAAAGCAAAAGUCAGACUUGCCGAAGAUGGUCCACUGCACGGUGACUUGGACACGGUGACGGCACUUGUCGACCACCACAAGCAGCUCGAAUCGGACCUGGACAAACGUUCCGCACAAAUGCAAAGCGUCAUGAAGACCGGAAAGGAUCUAGAGAAAUCCGACGAAACACGUGAAACUGGAAAGAAUCUGAGGGAGUUGCAGAAACUGUGGGAAGAUGUUCAAGAACUGAGCAGCCGUCGCAAGUCCCGUUUGGAAGUGGCGUUGAAGGAGGCGGAACGCCUGCACAAAUCUGUUCAUAUGCUGCUGGAAUGGUUGUCCGAGGCCGAACAGAAAUUGCGUUUCGCCGCCGCUGCUCCGGACGAUGAAUCCCAGGCCAACGAUUUGCUGGAAGAGCACGCCCGUUUCAUGAAGGAGCUACGCGAGAAGGAGUUCGACAAGGAAGAAACCCUCGGACUGGCCAACUCUAUCCUGGGUAAAGCUCAUCCGGACGCCGUUCCGAUUAUUAAGAACUGGAUCUCGAUCAUCCAGUCCCGGUGGGACGAAAUUUCCCAAUGGGCGUUGAGUCGCCAGAGCAAAUUGGAGUCCCAUUUGAAGUCGUUGAAGGAUCUGGACGAAUCGAUUGAAGAACUGUUGGCUUGGCUAGCCGGCUUGGAAGCUACGCUGUUGAACCUUGAACAAGAAGCACUGCCGGAUGAGAUUCCACCGUUGGAAGCGCUGAUUGCCGAUCAUAAGGAGUUUAUGGAGAACACUGCCCGCCGCCAGAGUGAGGUGGAUCGUGCCUGCAAACCGCGCCAACCGCCACCAGGGUUGAAAGAAACGCGAAAACCGUCCCGUGGUGUUCUCAAGACACCAGUUAGAGGAUCACAACCAGAUUUGCGCGAACAUUCGCCAGACUACGGCACAUUAGGACGAAAGCAAAGUUUCAAAGGAUCACGCGAUCAAGGGCUUAAUUCACGUCGUACAAGUCGUGUGAGCCCAGGACGCGAAACCCAGACGCCGGAACGGGAUCGCCUGCCGCACUAUGGUCCACGAUUCUCGCCAAGCAAUCAACCCGAAACGGAGCUACGAUCCCCACGGGCCAAGCUCCUGUGGGACAAGUGGCGCUACGUAUGGAUGCUGGCGUGGGAACGCCAACGCCGCCUGCACGAUCACCUCCUGUACCUCCAGGACCUGGAACGCGUCCGGCAGUUCAGCUGGGAGGAGUGGCGCAAGCGUUUCCUCAAGUUCAUGAACCACAAAAAGUCCCGCCUGACGGAUCUGUUCCGCAAGAUGGACAAGGACAACAACGGACUGAUCCCGCGGGAGGUCUUCAUCGAUGGAAUAAUCGGAACGAAGUUCGACACCUCGAAGCUGGAGAUGAACGCCGUGGCCGAUCUUUUCGAUCGCAACGGAGAAGGACUGAUCGACUGGCAGGAGUUCAUCGCGGCGCUUCGACCGGACUGGCAGGACCGCAAGCCGAAAACCGACGCAGACAAGAUCCACGACGAGGUCAAACGGUUGGUGAUGCUGUGUACGUGUCGGCAGAAGUUCCGAGUGUUCCAGGUUGGAGAGGGCAAAUAUCGGUUUGGAGAUUCCCAGAAGCUGCGUCUUGUGCGUAUUCUACGAAGUACUGUGAUGGUUCGCGUCGGAGGAGGAUGGGUAGCACUUGACGAAUUCCUGGUCAAGAACGAUCCUUGUCGAGUUGCGCUAGUGCUACCGCUUCCCAAUCCGAACGAUCCGCGCCAGCACGAGGCGUGCUGCCCACUGUGUAAGAAACCCGAGCCUAAUUUUAAACAGCUGUUGCUUUGGCAAAAGAAGGGAAAGUUUCAACUGCAAAACCUGUACGCCGUUGCCGGAAGCGGCAGCAGAAACAAUGGCAGUGGGCCGCGUUACAUUCUUCUGAACGAAAAGAGCAAAUAAUAGUUCUGCUCUGCUCAAAUCGUUCGCGCCACAUCUUCGUCCAAUUUGAGCGCACCCAGUUUGAUAGUGUUUUUCGUACUGUGCAAUGAUUAUUGUGAUGUCCUAACUUUGUCCCUAUUUGUUUUAUAUUAAGUAGAUAUCUAUAUUAUACAAUUAGAUAAAAGUGUCCACCCGAAAAAGGUGCAAAAAUUGCGAUUUUUCGCCAUCUAUAAUGCUGUUAUCAACCAUAGAAAAAAAUACCUUUUUCAAUAAAGGAAGAUUUAU